AUGAUUGGGCGGGCGCUGCUGCGCCUGCCAGUGCGCUCGCGUCUGCUUCGUCUGACGGGGUACCAAUGCCAGCAUGGCACUAUCGCCCGUACACCUACCGUCUUCGCUGUACGGACCUACGCGACACCGGGCCGACCGAAACGCGUUGUCGGCGAACCCAGUCGCCCCGUCAAACGGUCAGUGAAGAAGGCAGCGGCAAAGCCGGCCGAUGGCACCUCCGCUGCAGAGAAGAAGACCGCGGUCAAGAAGCGCAAGGCAGCUAAGAAGCCGGCUGCGAAGAAGCAAAAGGCACCACUCACCGUCGAGCAAAAGGCCGAGAAGAAGGCCAGGUCGAAGAAACGCUCCGAUGCCGCCAAGUUGAAAGAGUUGAAGGAAGCAGCGCUCAAGCCUCCAAAGGUCAACGCCAGAGCCAGUCCGUGGAUGGUCUUCAUGCAAGAGAAAUUACGAGAAGCGGACCCUAUCCCCAAAGGUCAGGGGCAAGACGCGGUCCAUAAGACGCUCGCGCAGAACGUUAAGAACAUAUCCUCCCAGUUCAGGAACCUCUCAGCCGCGCAACUUGAGGUUUGUUUCUAGCCUCGCAGAUCUUGCAUGCGCCUUCAUUAACACUUCUGCAGCAUUACAACCACGAUGCGAAUCGGCGCAAGGCAGAUGCAGAGGCCGAAUACAAACGCUGGGUGGAGUCGCAUUCAGCCGAACAGAUCCUCCGUGCCAACCAAGCUCGUGCGUCUCUCCGCCGUCUGGUCGCCGCAGACAAGAAAUCGACGAGGAAAGCUAGCUCAUGGCCACAUAUUCGUGACGAGCGGGAGGUGAAGCGCCCUGUCAACGGCUUCACCCACUUCACCGUGAACCGCCACGCCAGCGGCGAUUUCAAGAAAAUUGCCAUAGCCGAGAGCGCGAAGCUUAUUGCCCAGGAAUGGAAAGCCCUCAACCAGGAUGAAAAGGAAGUAAGUACUGCAGACUUUACACAUGUGUGACCUGCCCGCUAAUCACGCGCAGAAAUACAACAAGCUCAGCUCCAAGGACGGCGACCGGUAUGCCACUGAAUACAAGGCUACAUACGGCUAUGCUCCUGGGAUACUCGUCGGCGGUAAUGGCACCGCUCAGCCCCGGGCUGCUGCCGCUGCUGCCUAA